AUAACUGUUGAACAAACAAUAAAAUAUCAACACUAACAAAAGUCACCACUAAACUAUAUCUAUAAAACGGUUACACCUAACACCAUACAUGGAAUACAACAAUAACACAAUAAUUAGUAAAUGAUAUUAUUUAUAACAAAUCGAUUUAGGAAAUCGAUUAACAAAAUAUUUAACAUGGUAACAUCUACUCGGAACGCGAGUCUAUCUGUCAAAUCAAUACGUCAUUCAAAUUGUUUUCGUGCCGGUUGUUAUGUUAUGCGUAGAGUUGAAUUUAUUCCUCCGUAUUUGCUUCUGAUCGUUACAAUUUGCGUAAAAACUGUCGAGCUGAUCGUUUUCGUGCCUCCAGUGGUUUUUUUUUAGAUAUUGGACUCUUUUCUUAAUGAUAAGUGAGCACAUUGACUCGUGAGCAUUGGACUCUUGUUUUUAGUGAUAUUGUUGUUUUACUCCGGAAAAAUGUCUGCACCUGGUAGAAGUCGAGUAAACUACUCUUUGUCUCGCCGGUGUGUUAAUUGCUCUUUACGUAUAGCGCCUAAUCUGCGUAGACGUUAAAUUGAAGAAAUAGAUGAACCAAUGCUUAUCCUUCUAAGAUCCUGGGUAACACCUACAUUGAUAUCUUCUGAUGAUAUCCUGUGUGUGAAAUGUUUUGUAUUAUUACAAAACCAGACAGCAUCUAACUCAAAUCUGUCACUUGUAUCCCCUGCUCGUGGACACCUAAACAUAUGCUACGCAUGUGGCUUGUCAAUAGCAAGUCGCAGAACUCAUAGAGUCAGUCAAGAUAGUUCCUCAAAGGAAUGUUAUACUAAGAUGGACACCAGCACAUCACGUGUUGCAUUUGGAACGAGUUUGUCUUCCUUGUUGGGCGGCUGCAUCAAGACAAGUCCGGAGGCAACCCGUUGCUGGCAGUAGCCAACACACUGUGGAGUCUGCACCGGAGACUGGUAUCAUGGAUGGAAACAUAAUUACAGAUAUGAUGAUUCCUGUACCACCACCACUGCCACCGCUUUAAUGAUAUAAGCGCUCCAGCACAAUUUCUAGACAACAUAUUCCUUGAAGAAUAAAUGUCUAUUAUUUUAA